AGAUUUGGUGUUGGUAUUGGUUUGUCACUCAUUUCUGAGCGAGACUGAUUCUGGUGAUGCUCGGAGUACUUUGCGCGCGUCCCAGGCCUUGGUUGCUGACUUCACUCUCUCUGUCCUACGCCCACGGCUCCGCGGCGGCUCCAUUCGACCGGCUAACAAGGAGCUCUCUCCACCCACCUCGGGAUCCGUGUAACCACUCUCCGCCCCCAUGCGGCGGCGGCGCAGCCUCAAUAUGGCACACCAUUCUUCCUUCUCAUUGGAGGCGGCGGCGGACGGCAGUGCUAGGCAGGCGGGAGCGCGAGUCGGUGAAGGGAGGUGAAGGGUCGUGGAAUGUGGCGUGGGACGCAAGGCCCGCGCGAUGGCUCCACCACCCCGAGUCCGCUUGGUUGCUCUUCGCCGCUGCACCGGCGAUCGAUUCGGAUCCGAUUCCGAAUCCCGCGGCGGAGGAUGAAUUGAAAAGUGAUGUAAUUUGUAACUAUAGAGUGACAGGGGUUGUCGCAGAUGGAAGGUGUUUGUUUAGAGCAGUAGCACACAUGGCAUGCUUGAGGAAUGGGGAAGAGGCUCCUGAUGAGAAUCGUCAGAGAGAGCUUGCUGAUGAAUUAAGAGCUCAAGUGGUUGAAGAGCUGUUAAAGAGGCGAAAAGAAGUCGAAUGGUUCAUUGAGGAAGAUUUUGAUGUAUAUGUGAAAAGGAUUCAAGAGCCUUAUGUGUGGGGAGGAGAACCUGAGUUGCUAAUGUCUUCACAUGUUCUUAGGACGCCGAUUUCUGUUUUCAUGAAGGAGAGAAGCUCCGGUAGUUUAAUGAACAUAGCCAAUUAUGGAGAAGAAUAUCGAAAAGAUGAAGAUAAUCCGAUCAAUGUUCUUUUCCAUGGAUAUGGCCAUUAUGAUAUUUUAGAAACGUUAGCAACUUGUUAAGUUAAAUUUAUGUAGAAAUUCUACAUUUUUGCUUUGUAGAAUGAGAAUUCAUUUUAUGUAAGAAGUAGCAAAGCAUGAUUGAGAAACACUAAUUUUGCUUUAGAUAAUUUUUCUUUUUCAUGUGUAUUCAUAAUAUGAAACUUUGUAGCAUAAAAUGAAAUAUGUUUAUAUGGCAUUUAUUUAGUUGAA